AUGUCGAAAAACUUACAUGGCAAAACAGCUCUGUGCAGGUCGUUGGAACAAAUUUCAACAACGCCUGCAGCAACAACCUCAUCACCAACACUCUCUCAAAUUUAUGAAGAAGAAACGGAUGAAAACAGAUCAUUUUUGCAUUUCCGAGAAAUUAAUUUUGGACCUUCCAAAAAUUUCAUCUACAAUGUUUUAAGCAAGUCAUCAGUACCUCAAAAACUGGAUUUUCAUCUCUCUAUUCAAUUAUUGGAUGUACCCUACCACAAUUCCAACCACUUCAAUUUGGCUCCGUUCUUCACUCCUUCUUGUCUUUUCAUCGUGGUUUUUGAUUUGAGAUUGUACAGAGAUUCUCACAGUUUGCUGAGAACGUGGUUGUCAAUUGUACAGGACUACAACAUGAAAGGUCACGUAAUUCUAGUUGGAACAUUCCUGGAUUGUUUGACUGAAGCAAUCAACAUUAAUGUCAAAAAAUUGAACUAUUUUAACAAAGAAGAAAAAAAACCCAAAUAUAUCUCGCAUUGUGCAGCUGCAAAUUAUUUCUCAUCUACGUCUAAGGGUGGUUACAACGCUAUAUGUAAAAAAAAAAAUUUUGAAAUCUUAUUGGGGGAACCCCCUAAAUUGUGCCACUUGACUAAAAAUGACAUUUGUAAAGUUUUAGCUCAAUUGGAUAAUGCUAACCCGUGCCUCAUCGAAGUUUAA